AAUCCCAUUGUAAGUUGUAGUGGGACCAUAGACAGAGUGGGACGCUGUGAGGAAGCCGAACCAUCGGAAGCGCUUUGCGCAUGCCAAUAAGAGUGUCGUCACGUAGCUGAGAUGUUAUUUUUAAUCAUCUGUUGCAAUUUUAAAGAUUUUCUGCCUUAGCAUGAUUGUCAACUACAGUAGUAGCAGUUCUGAAGAUGAAACUGAAAACUCUUCAAAAAAUGAUUCCUCACCUUCAAGGAAAAGAGGAAAACUUGACAAUGAAAGCAGCACCAGUGAACCUUUGGAUCAUGGAUCUGUUAAAAGCAAAGCAGGCAAAUCAGCCCUCCUGAAACCUCGCCUGCCUCUUCCCGAGAGUGUAAGGGAGAUGUUCGGAGAAUCCGAAGAAAAGUGGACCGAUGAAAGGGAUGAGCAUGGAGGGCGAAUUCGGUCCUUCCAGCAUGAGCGGGGCAACUGGGCUACAUACAUGUUCUUUCCUUAUGAUCCUGAGGAGGCCUUUCUGGAGGUGCUAAAUGAAAUGAUGCUGGUUGCGGCAGCUCAUGGCAUCCCUCUGGCCCUAUCUGAAGAGUUUCACCUCAGUCUCUCAAAGACAGUGGUUCUGCGCCAUCACUGGAUUCAACCGUUCAUCCAGUCCAUUCGGACUGGUGUGACACAUUUUCAGAAGUUUUUCUGCUUGGCUGAUAAACUGAUGGUGUAUUCUAAUGCUGAAAAGACUAGGACAUUCCUUGGUUUGGAAGUCUCAACUGGAAAAACUCAGUUGCUUGAGCUCAUCAAAAUACUGGAUCAAACCAUGAAAGAAUUCAACCUCAGCACCUUUUAUAAGGAUCCUUCUUUCCACAUAAGCCUUGCUUGGUGUGUGGGUGACCACACAGAAAGCCUAAAAAAGGCAUGUUUAUCAGAAUUGCAGAGUCUCAUUGACGCUCAUGAAGAUGGGCCUUUUCACAUACGGCUCAACUGCACAGAGCUUCGCUGCAAAACGGGAAAUAAAGUCUUUCUUUUCUCCCUCCAAUGACUGUGAAACUAUGGAGGCUUCUUUCUGCCACAGAAUAAACAGAACAAAAAUAUAAAAACAAACGACUUUCUCACAAUUGAAUUUUUUCCCUUGUUUACAUCUCAAUUUGAGCGAGAUAUAAACUCACAAUUCUCAGAAAAAGUCUUAAUUGUGAGAUUUACACUUGCAACUAUAAUAAAAGGUCAGAAUUGUGCGAUAAAGUCACUAAGCUUUUUAUAUUUUUAUUCUGUGAAAUAAGCUUCCAUAUGAAACACUGUUUAGUAGUGAUGUUGAUUUUGAGGUUUUCCAAAUAUAAUGAAAGAUUUGAACGAACGAUGGAUAACGUAUCUCUAUGUUAUUACAAUUUUGGUAAAGAGCAUUUUAUUGUACAUUACUGAAACUUGGUGAUUUUUUACUAACCCAUGGCAUGUAGGCUACUGUCUAUUGUCACACCCUGGUUGAGCAUUGCAUUUUCACCAUCAGACUUGUUUUUUUUUUUUUUUUUUUAAGCAACACACCACAUCCUAAAAUUGAAAGAUUAAGUUUCACUUUCCACAGCUAGGCUUGGUUUCACAAACAGGGCUUAGAUUAAGCCAGGAUUAGGCCUUAGUUUAAUUAGGACAUCUUCAUAUCUUUUACAAACGUGCCUUGGAAAAAACAUUACUGGUGGUGUGCAUCUCAAGACAAAACAAUGGCACUGACAUAAUUUAAGAUAUGCCAGUGCAAGUUGCUUUCAAUUAAAAAAGCUCAAACAUGCAUUUUAGUGCAGGAAUCGAUUUAAGCCUGGUCUGUGAAACUGGGGGUUAGUGUUGUACUGUUAAAAUACAGUUUUUAUAAUAGAACUUAGUCUAACAACCUCAAUUCAAAAUAUUUUUAAAAAGCGACAAAUAAUGUGCUUCACAAAUCAUUGUUCAUUAUAUUCAAGAGCAAACUUUGUUCAGAUGUAACAUAGGUUAACCCAUCCUGGGCGGUGGCACAAAUGCAGUCUAGAGGUUAAGCUGAUGUAAAUUGAGCAACAGUGAGAUAUCCAGCCGUUAGGCACAUUCUACAUUCAAGAA